AUGGUUGGGGGGUACGUACAUCAUAUCGAGUUUCCCUCCUUCGCAGCAAGUCCAAUUUACGAGAAGAAUAGGGCUUCCAAAAAUUUUGGUACUGACGCUGAUUGGAAUAUCAUCACGGAGCCUAACCCCGGCCUCGAUGGCCGUCAGGUGAACGCUAGCAGGGGGAAAUUCUUGGGUGGGUCGAGUGGGUGCAAUGGGACCUUGUCCGUCCGAGGGACAAAGCAAGAUUACGACGAUUGGCAACUGCCUGGGUGGAGUGGGAAUGAUGUUUGGAAGUGCAUGGAAAAGGUGUGAUAUGAGAGCCAAAAAAAUAAGGCAGUGAAUCCCGUCGUCGAGAAAGACUAAGCGGGUCUGCAGGCAGAGAAUUAUCAUCCCAGCGAUUGGAUGAAGCACGACCCAAAGGCCCACGGGGCUUCAGGUCCUCUAGACACGGAGCCGUAUCCGCUGGCGCCGAUAUCAAACAUGAUGAUGGAUUCGUUCGUCUCCAAGGGCAUCCCGCUGGACCCAGACAUGUUUAGUACGGGCGACAACCCCCAUGGCUGUGGGCAUGUUGUGAGAACGACAUAUCAAGGCUUGAGGGUCACUGCGGCGAACUAUCUACUAGGCGCAGGGGAGAACCUGACUUUGAAAACAGAAACGUCAGUUGACAGGGUAGUAUUCGACAAGAACACUGACGGUGAUGAGAUUAAGGCAACAGGUGUGGAAGUGAUAGACAGCGAUGGAAAAAUGCACACUUUGACAGCUAGGCGGGAGGUAAUUAUUUCCGGAGGGGCUUACUGCUCCCCGGCGAUACUCCUACGCUCUGGUGUGGGCCCUAAGGCAGAACUUGAAGAGUUGGGCAUAGACGUGAUUUUCGAUUCACCCGGUGUCGGAAAGAAUCUCAUGGACCAUGUAGUACGUAAUGCUAUCUAAGCCUUAACGUAUAUCUUGUGACUUUUGGUUCAAACUAAACACGAAAUAGAUCGUCCUCAUAUUCUACGAGCUAAACAAACCAGGACUGACACUCGACGACCAAUUAUACCCCCCGGGUGCCCGCGAGGCAUCCUAUAGACUCUGGAAAGAGCACAAAAAGGGUCCGCUAUCUGUAAUUCCAUUCGGCGCCUUUGCUUACACUCGCCUCGACGAACAUCUCUCCGACUCUGCACUAUGGAAUUCCGCCCCGCGUCUGCCUGGGCGGGACCCCAUGGGGCUCACGCCGAAGCAGCCAAACAUCGAGUUCUUCACGACAGAGUGUUACGGGGGUCCGAAACAGUUUUCAGAUUUCCCACACGACGGGGAGUCUUGCUUCUCAAUCAUUGCGGAAUUAUUCAGUGCUCGGAGUAGGGGCAGUGUGAGGCUGCGGAGUAGAGAUCCUAGCGUGAACCCUGUCGUCGAGCACAACUAUCUUUCCGACGUAUUGGAUUUGGAGGUUCUGGCAGAGGCUUGUAGGCUUGGUAACGAGAUCGUGAUGGAGGGGAGCGGAACAAGAGAUGUAGUGAGCGGGAGUUGGCCGGCCAGCGCUGCUCAUCAUAACUUGCGGACGAGGGAUGAGUGGAAGAAGUUCGUGAAGAGGAAUGCUACAACAUGUUAGACCAUCCUCCUCACACCGUCAUCGUUUGUGGACGUUGGGUUAACGAUGAUGUUAGGCUACCACCCCGGGGGAACCUGCAAAAUGGGGAAGGCAACGGAUCCACUCGCAGUGCUCGACGAGCGCCUCAAUGUCCGUGGCGUGAAGGGGUUAAGGGUCGCCGAUACGAGCGUGAUGCCCACUCUCAACCAAGGGCACACCCAGAUGGCAGCUUACGCAAUUGGGGAGAGGUGCGCCGAGAUUAUAAAGCAGGGGAUGUAAAGUAUCACUCGGAAUCCGGAGGCUUGACGGUUGAUGGACACCAUGGAUGGGUGAGUCUUUCGCGUCGGUGCGUUCAUUUGGACGAGUGAUAUUUCGUGAAGACUGCCGAACGAUUGUAUGCCUUGCUAGGUGAGGCGAUUUUGUUCCGGGGGCCUCGGAUUUUUGGGUGCUACACGAUCGGGAGUGGUUAGAGCUUUAUUUAAGAGGCGGAAUCUAUAUGUGUCUACCAUAACAGGGCGGAGAGAGUUGAUGCGUUGGUAUUUUUUUUUUUCGGGGCGCUGUCCUGCCUUCUCUUUUUAUUUUAUUUAUGUCAUUUUUUUCUUUCGCACAUUCGCCAGCCAACCCAACUAUCUACUGUAUCAUAGCAGUCUUUCCAUACAUUGGCAUGCGAUACCCCCCCUUCCCCCCGGCAUUCCUCUUUCAAGGGCAUUGGAGAGAAAGUGUCAUUAAACAUAACGUCUCUGACGUUUUUCGGACGAAAGUUGCUCCCGAUCUUUUGCUGUGCACAUGAGGGCCUGCACGGUUCUCUCUCUCUUUUUUUUUUGCCCCCCUCCUUCUCCUCUUUUCCCACAAUCUUCGAAACCUGAAUUCUGGCGCGCAGAAAGAGGGGGACCACUCGAGAAGAUACUUCCAAGUGGUUCCUGGCCUACCAGGCGGGUGGCACUACCGGUAGUCAUUUCAGUGGGAGGCUCAGUAAGCAUCCCUAACAUUCGUGACUCCUCUCCUCUCCCCUGACUUCAAAUCAUCAGGUGACUGCAGCAGCAAAAAAGGCAUGAUAUACCGUGAGAGGCUC